UGCAUUGUGGACGGACCAACAGAUGUUGUUAUCGCUAAAAGAAAAUGCUUUUCAAGAGAAGGUUUGCUUCAAUAGUCUCGUAUAAAAACACUUGAAAAUGAAAAAGAAAAAGUUUAAAUUCAAUGUAGAUUUCUUUUUAAAUGAAUUAUCUAGCGUGCCAUUUGUAAAUGGAGUAUUAUUUUCCAAAAUAAGACUCUUAGACGGAGGUAGUUUCAAUGAAGUGUCUUCGAGAGAGGAGGUUCAUAAUAAUUCUGUUAAAUGGCGUAAAAACUUCCACUUUCCGUGCAAGCUAACAGCAAGUGCUACAAAUGGAGUCCUCGAUGUUUGCCGUUGUCGUGUUUCCGUUCGCAAGGAAGCAAAAGGAGGCAAGUCUUAUGUCAAGCUUGGAUUUGUUGACAUCAACUUGGCAGAGUUUGCAGGGCCAGGUGCUAUGAAGAGAAGAUACAUACUUGAAGGAUAUGAUGACAAAACAUCAAGACAAGACAAUUCUAUAUUAGAAGUUAGCAUAAGUAUGCAGUUGAUUUUAGGAGAUCCUUUAUUUAAAGUACCUGGAACUCCUCAUCUUCACCAUGCUGUUUCAACAGAAACAGAAGAGAAUCGAGCCCCACAGAAUAAAGCUUCUUCUAUGUCAAGUUGCGAAGCAAGUACAGAGGACAACACCAGCAUAAAAGAAAGUCAGAGUAGUAACAAUUCAGCAGAGUCUCAGGGAGCUGGUAGUGGCAUUCCCGGAGGUCCCAAGGUGCCUUUUAUUCCUGGCCAUGCAAGAAGUUCCAGUGAACCUCCACUGGUUGGUCAUGUCCGCAGUUCAAGUCUUCAUUCAAGAAUUUCUGGGUAUUCAACCAGUCAUUCUAUUUCCUCAAGCAUAGAGGGUCACAGGAGAAUACCAUCUUUACCUUCAACAAGUAAUCAAGUUCAUUCAAGCUCUGAGGACACUGGAAUUUGUGACUCUGAACAAACCUUAUCUUCUUCAUUGGUCAACAAAAAGAUUUCUUCUCCCCAACACAGUUGGAAGAAAUCGUCAGAUGACAAGAAAGGCAAUGAUGAUAUAGUGGAACAGAUUUUAAUGGAACAGGAUCUACGAUCAGAUGAACUUGGAGCAGGUGGAGAAACUGAGAUUUCUUUACAUUUUGACUUUGAUGGUAAACUGUCUAGCAGGGCGAACAACCCCGUUCCAGACUAUGUAGACAAAUAUAAGACACUGUAAGCUGCUGAUGGAUACAAAUCAAUACAGGCAAGCUAGUCUGACAGAAUGACUGGUACUUCAAAAUAAUGUCAGUACCACAACACAAGGUGUACAAUUAACUUAUGAGCAACCAGGUGUCUUAAUUCACACUUGGGAACCUUAUUCGUUAGGUAAUCUUAGCAAGGUGUUUAACAUUUUCUUUAUUCAUUCAGCUAUGAAAUGCGAGACAAAUUGAAUAUCACUGUUCAAUAUUAUAGUGAUUUAUUUAAUUUUUGUAGCUUUGAAGAUUUAAUCCAGUAAAACCUGGACUCCAGUUGGGUCAGUACCCUUUUCUCUUUGGUUUCUGCCCUUUCAAUCUUUUAUCCUCUUUUAUUGUUAUCUCAUUAUAUUAUUAAAAUGACCCUGACAAAAAGAUAUAUAUAACAAAGUAUAACAAGUGUGAUGUUCAAAAUAGGAUUAAACACGUAUUUAUUCGGCCGGUGAUAAGCAGCUGGGUGACACUAAUGAUAAGCAAGUUUUACAGUAACGUCCUUUUUUCACGAAGGUAGCACGUAAUAGCCAGUGGCUAACAAACCUGUGGCUCUUAUUCCAUGAUCGAAUUGGAAUUUAGGAGUUGAUUUUUGCGGAGGGAGGAAAACUGGAGAAUCCGGAAAACCCUCGAAGCACAGGAGAGAACCAACAAACAACUCUACUCAACACCGAACCCGGCGCGACUACUGUACAGUGGCCCAGUGCAACUACUGUAACCGGGGCCACUAAGACAAAUAGACAAGAGAAGCAAUUAAAAUUUAGAAUGAAAACAAUACAUUCCAAAUUUGGGUAGUAGAGCCAAUCAGAAACCUAGACUGCAUGAGAAUUGUAAUUUGACCCUGGUGUUCCKUGUAAACAACUAGAUAGCGAUCGUCAUUUUCUCGAGGAAAUAAAAUGAUAUGUCGAAAGGCUAUCGUUUUCUGCUGAUUUCUGAUUGGCUCCAUUACCCAAAGUCGGAAUGCAUUGUUCUUAUUCUACAAUUUGAUUGGUUCACGCUGUCCAAGUGCUCCCGGUCAUAGUAGUUGCAAUAUAAAAUCGAGUAAGAAAGAGUUAAAUGACGGACUGCUCAAGGACGUUAGCCAAGAUUAUUACUUGAUUUCAGUGAAAAGUUGAUUUUAAUAAUAACACCCUAUCUAUAUUGAAUGAAAUACGUUCAAUAGAUUUUCAACAGUCAUGCAAAAUGUAUUUUAAAUUUACUUGCUUACCAUCACCCAAGUGUUGUCCCAUUUCCAACCUAAAAUACCCCCACCCCCGGGUUGGAAAAGAUGGUAAAAAUAUGCGCAUGGGAUGUAUAGAGGAUAUUGCAUAAAAUUUUUAUUAUAUAGACACAUUGACAAAUAAAAACUUGUUGAAGUAGGCGGAGAGACAUUGGGAAAGUCGUCAUCGAUAUCUUCACUUGUGAAGACAACAUGUAAAAUAUGUCAAUGAAGCCCAGUUGUAGUUCAUGUAUGAAAAAUAUGAGUGGGGUAUUUCCUAGUAAAACACUAAUGUCUAUAUAAUAAACAUGUUUUUUACCCCAUUGUUUCACUUAAAAGGUUCGAACAGCUCGACAUACUGGUUUGAACAAGAAUUCCAAAACCGUAACACUCAGUUUUACAUUUACACGCGGACAUUUGUACGAACAGUUGCAAGAAAGUACAUAACUUCAUACUCUUUCUUCAAACUUUUAAUUUGAGUUAGCGUAACCUCUUAUGUGAGACAAUGAGGAAACCAAAGACAUAUAUAAUGUAUCAUGUGUAUUUUGCCAUCUUUUUGUUUUGCAGGGGGUGCAGGCAGAAGGGUGUAGGUAAAUCCUUAUUACCGCUUCAAAUACUUCGCUAUUCUCUACUUUCCCAUGGCCAUAAUGCUAAAAUACGUUCUUAAAUUAAAYCUGCUUUUAUCUAUCUGUACAAUACUGAUUAUCAGUUUAUUCGGAGUUAAUUUUACGCAUACAGAACAUCAAGAGGGUUUGGUGUUACAGAAAAUGUAUUGACUUAAGAAAGAAAUAUUUUUUAUUUACUUAAUCUUAUUCAAGGUUAUAUCUUUUUCAGCUUUUUUCUUCUUUUAUAUUUGGCUAUCAAACGAGAUACUUCAACAUUGUCUGAUCAGCCUUCAGCAAAAUAAAUGCGGUUUUUCCUUUGGUUACCCCGCAAAGCCGCAAAGUAUUAUGGGUAUGGGGAAGUAGAGAAUAUCACUUUAUCAUAUAGCUAAGAUAAUACACAUGAUCUGAUUGGUAUAAAUAAUGAAAGAAGCACUGUUACUAACGCUGUCAAGGCGCGCGCAGCACAUUUGGCAAAAUUAGUGUAAAGAAGUCAGUACCAAAUAUUACUAUGAGCAUCAUCCGCUAUAUACAUAUAUAUAUAAGCCGUGUCUGAAAAAAGUUGGAGGAUCGUCUCAUAUAUUUAUAUAUAAAAUAUUUGAAAUAUGACGCGCGCACUGUAAAUCUUUUAAGAAAGCAGUAUAAAACGGCUGCUUAUGACUCUGCUGUGAUAUAGACACUCUGGGAGCUGUAGAGAACUCAUCUUGCUUCCCUCGUGCUCUACAGCUCCCAGGUUGUUUAUAUCACAGUAGAGAUACACACAUGCGAGUUUUAUAUUUUUUAUAUAUUUACAUAUAUAUACAUACAUAUAUAUAUGAGAUACCGAGAAACAAAAAUCCUUUUCAGAUACUAAAGGGGUAUAUAUAUAUAUGAUAUGCGAUGAUUUUCAAAAAAAAUCGGAAAAGACAUAUAUAUCGUUGCGAUGGCAACACAAGUGUGAAAAARUGAAAAUAAUAUUCAAUGGAACGACUUAUAGUUUCAAAUAGACAAAACGUGUUAUCUGUUCCAUGCUGAAGAGGCCUAUAAAGUAUGCUCAUUAUCAGGAUAGAAACGAGAAUGGACUAAUGACAUCGGUUUUUACGAUGACAAACAAAAUAGUGCAAAAGCUUUAUGCCCAAACAUUAAAGGAGAAARGCUGGUUUCCUUGCUCUUACAAAAGUGAAGUAUUGGAAUAUGCUUCUGUUACAUUUUCUCUUAGUUCCAUGCUAAUAAUAGGCAUCCUGCGUGGUCUCCAAAUAUAGUUUUUAUGCUUAAAUUUAUUAUUAGGAAGGCAAGUCUGCUUAUUUGUAAUAUCGUAAUUUUAAGAGGAAAUUGAGAUGUACUCUUCAAGGGAAAUCAAAUAUUUAGAGAGAGAUAGAGGGCCGAUAUUGUUGACAAAAGAGAACUCGUUGCUGGAUUGUGAGUAAUUUCCAAGGUGAAAUGAUCUUUUGUCAUUCAUUUAACAGACACUGCCAACUAUUUCUUUGGUGCCAAUAGUCUUUGAUAUUUAAUUUAUCUGAUUAAAUGGUUUAGUACUAUGUGUUAUUCUAGAACCAGGGUAUUUAAUAAAGGAUGUUUAGUUAAAAGACAAA